GGGAGCGGAAGUAGGGCCGGCGGACGUAUUUUGUACGUCUGAGGUCACUUCCGGACCUCGGAGCGUUUCAAGAUGGCGGCUUCUUUGUUGAGACAUGUGGGUCAGCGUUGCCUGUGGACUCGGCUCGGCCCCAGCCUUUCUGUGCGACACGUGGUCCCCAUGGGAACAACGGCGAAGGAGGAGAUGGCUCAAUUUUGGGAUAAAAACACCCAGUCGAACCGUCCUAUGUCCCCUCAUAUCACCGUCUACAAGUGGUCUCUGCCCAUGAUGAUGUCCAUCGGCCACCGUGGCACUGGUGUUGCAAUGAGUGCAGGAGUCUCUCUCUUUGGCCUGGCUGCCUUGAUUCUCCCAGAACAGUUCCCCUAUUACCUGGCAUUUGUGAAAUCGCUGAGCCUGGGGCCUGCUCUGAUCUACUCUGCUAAGUUUGCUUUGGCUUUCCCCCUCACCUACCACACCUGGAACGGAAUCCGACACCUUAUGUGGGACAUAGGAAAAGGAUUUAAGAUUCCCCAAGUCUACCAGUCUGGAGUCCUGGUCCUGGUCUUGACCCUGCUUUCCUCUGCUGGACUCGCAGCCAUGUGAAGGCACCUCCCUCCUGAAGCCCUCCCUUCUCCUACAAGGAUUUGAUUCAUCUGGUGAUCUGAUCCAGACAGAGCUCAGUAUGUGUGUAUGGAGGUAGGGCAGGAGGGACUAGAGACUCCUAGAUAACUAAAUUGUUGGGGAAAGAUGGUGUUUUCCCUUCUUUGUAAAACAUGUGACUGAUCAGAGUUUGCUUAUUACUAGCCCUGAGUGAUGUGCUGUCUCCAGAUAUCCUAGCCCAGCGGUUUCCCAGAACACCCUUCCAGAAUGCCACGGGCAGGAGUCCCAGGCCAGGAUGUUCAAGACUCUAGGUAGCCACAAGCAGCUGGUAACUGACAGCUGAUUAGCGGUUGAUUCCGAUCCACUUAGAGCAUGCUCAGAGGAGCUGCCUUCCUUAAUUCAUUGCUGUUCUUUCAAACUAACUCUGGUUCACUUGCUUUCUGCUCUGCCCUGAAGCUUGAGACAAUACUGGCACUGUGUGCCCCCUCACUGGGCCUGAGCGGGGUUGGGGGAGGAGACGCGAGUGCCUCUAGCCUAGCGUCUGUGUGUAGGCUCACGUAAAAGACAACUGUCCCCAUUGAUGCUGGUGCUGGUUCUAGGGCAAGCAGAGACUGAGCCGCCGACGCCAGCGCCCGUGAUGCUAGUAAGGGGAAUGAGGAAUUUGAUGCUGUCGGGUACAAUGCCUAACUGCUGGAAUCUGGCUUUCUGCUGCAGUCAGCAUCCUGUGGGCUUUACAGUGGGGAGAGGGGCAGCCUGUAGCGAGCCCAGUGCUUGGGGGCUGGGUAUGUUGAGUUCCAAGUGCUCUGUGCAGCAGCUCACAACUCUUCCAGCCGAUCAAGGAUAAACACCCGUAUGUUUUUGGAGUCUUCAAUCAAAUCUGUUCUUUUUUUUUUCCCUCUGAAAAUCUGUUCUUUGAACCUUUUGGAUGAGUGCCGAUGCCACUGUCUCCCCCCACUGUGUACUGUCACUCCAGCCCGUGUGUUUGUAACAGACCCACCCUCCCCAGUAAAGCAGGCUUGCUCUUUCACACCGCACGCUGGCAGCUGAGUUCUUGGUACAGAUUUUUCAAAUGAGCUGCCAUUUUGGCUUUUCGAUAGACUCUAAUGCAACAUCCGAAAUCUGAACAGAGACACAUGGAGAAUUUACCCUGAGUGGAUGGAGAAUGUCGUGUUCUUUUCAGAGAAGCAGUGCAGAGGUGUGUGGUAUGACAUGGGAGUCGGGGCCCUCUGAUCACAUGUAAUGGAGCCCAUAGUGACUGGCUACACCUUGGGUAUGCAGUUGAGAAGCCUGACACUGUGGGCCUGCACCCCAUGGUCAUUUACACUGAUGUGAAAUGCUCCCGGCUCAGUGUGGUGGCAUUUCAGACCCAGUCCGUGCUCGCUUUGUGCUAGUGCCCCAGGUGCAGGCUGCUGGAGAGUCCGCCCAGGGGGCUAGAGAUUGCGGCUAAAACCCAAUGUGCUCCAGUAGUUGCAUUUACACUUGGAGACGUGGUUCUGCUCUAACAAGUGACUGUAAAAAUGGCCUCUUCCUAUUUAGGGGCUCUGCCUCCUCUAUGGAGCAGUUGGAGCUGUUGACUCUACUGUCUGCAGGAGCGGUUUUCCUCCCCCUCUAUUGAUGCUGUGGAGCCAGCAUGGACUGUCCUGAAACAUGAAUUCCGCUGGCUCCAGAGUGGCUCCAGGGCCAGCAAUAGCAGCACAAGGUUUCUCCCACACAGUGCUUCAGCUCUGGGUGCUUUGGUGUCCAAUGCCUAGUGAGGGUUUGGCCUCGGAGAGUAACAGUGACGUUAUGACUCCCCUGACAGCACUAGGCCCUAGUGUGCACUACCUGCAGAUGCAUUUACCACUGGGUUGUCAUGGGGUUAAGAAGCCUGUGGCUAUAACCACUCGAGCCUGUGCUGGUGGCAGAGCAGUGUGGGCGGAGUGCCCUAUAACUGUCAGUGAAGGUGCAGACCCAGAGAGGCAGUGGUGCAUGGCCAUCUCUCCCGGGAGGAGGCAGAGAGAUGAUUUCCCUUCCCUUCCAAAGUCAUGGAGCCAGCAAACAGUGCUGCCUUUUGGUGGCUACCAGUUUUAGUCUUUCACUGGUAAUUCCCCCACCCCAAGUGAGCCAGUGAGUAGUGACCAAACAGAAGCAUGGACUGAUCUGGAGGCCUCAGUGGUAAGGUCAGGGCCUGGUGCAAGUGGUGACCAUGGACAGAGGAGUGUCUGCUUAAAGUGCCCUGAAAAGCAUUUAUGCAAGAUGGGGUGUGGGCACCGUGUCUGUGCUGGAUCAGAAGGCCUGGCAGGGGCUGAAAGGGUUUUUUGCUUUUAGAAAUAUUAGCAGCGUCCAGUCUGCUUGUCCUGGUUUUGCUGGGGGAUGUCUGUCAGGGGGUCUCAGGAUAUCUAUGAAGGGAGCACUAAAAGCCCUAGUUAAGAGGGAAGAGGUGGAGUUUUUGGCAAAGGCUUCCUUUAUCCAAAGGGUUAGUCACUGACAUUAGAUUAAUCAAUUCCAAGGCCAGAAAGGACCACUGUGAUAAUCUUGUCUGACCCCUGGGAUAACACAGGAGAGAAACGCCUCAAAAUAAGUCGUAGAGCAGAGCUUUUAGAAAAAUGUCCAAACUUGAACUAAAAAUUGUCGCAAGGGAGAAUACCUUGGUAAAUUGUUCCAAUGGUUAAUUACUCUCAUAGUAAAAAAUUUACACUUUA